ACAAGAGAAAGGUACAGCAGAGCAACCUGCACUAUAAGUGCACUUUUUAAAAUCACAGUCACACUUAACUUGCCUCUUAGCUGCACACACACAUAUGUCAAAAACAUUGAAUGCUCCAAAACCUUGGCUCUUUUUCUUUUCCCACUCUUAUAUAUAAACUUCCAUCACUCCCACAAAACCUCACCAUCCCUCUCUCUCUCUCUCUCUCUCUUUCAUCAUACACAAAAAGAUGAACAUGAUGAAAGGGAAAUUCCUGAAAACAUGUAUGAAGAAGUGGCGAAGAAUGGGGAGAAGCGUGAUGCCUUGUGAGGCGUGUUGGUCGUGGUCGUUGUGGGCGUUGGUGCACGAGGAGAAGAUCGUGCCGAGUGACGUCCCAAAGGGGCACUUGGUAGUGUAUGUAGGAGAGUGUGACAAGAGAUUCGUGAUCAAAGUUAGCUUGCUCAAGAACCCGCUGUUUCAGGCAUUGCUGGAUCAAGCUCGGGAAGUCUAUGAUUUCAAUGCUGAUUCAAAACUUCGCAUCCCCUGCGACGAAAACAUCUUCCUCACUGUUGUUCAAUGCGCCAAAUCUCCACCAGAUCGACGACUGCCAAUCUGCCUAUGACACCUAUAUCAUCAUUUCAUUCAUUAAUGUUAUUUAACUCCCAAUUUAGGACUACUCACCACCAAUAUGUAUAUUCAUUAUUCUCAUGUACUAAAUAUAAUCUAGACUACUCCUCUGUUUCAGUUAUUUGUAUCACCUGAUGCUUAAACCUUAGUUCGUGGGGAUAUAUAUCUCUAGAUUGUCGAA